GACUCCUCCUCUGCUCCUAUUGGCUCUGUGUGAGCCUAUGCCGCGUUGACGUCAGCCCCCUGCGGCGCUGAAUGGACCGAACAGCCUGUCUGCUCCUUACUCCAAAACAGCUCGGCAAGGCUCGGCACGGCGCAGCACGGGUCGGGCUUCACCCUGGGAAUAGAGAAAUACCUGGAAAAGGAAGGUUACAGGAAACAGGCCUCAACAACUGCUUCGUGUUUUUGAUUUUUUUUUUGCACAAAAGCAAGGACGGGGGGAGUGCUCCCACCGCGUUGCGGGUGUAUGUGCGUGCGUUUGGAUCACGAUGAUGCAAAGUGCGGCGGUCCUACAGACAGAGAGUCCUGUAAAGAGUUUACCGGAGAUUCUCGGUGUGCCACUGCAGCAGAUCCCUCAGUGUGCAGGCUGCAGUCAGCACAUCCUGGAUAAGUUCAUCUUGAAGGUGCUGGACAGACACUGGCACUCCAAGUGCCUCAAGUGCGCAGACUGCCAGACCCCGCUGGCGGAUAAAUGUUUCUCCCGGGCGGGCAGCGUGUACUGCAAGGAGGACUUCUUCAAGCGUUUUGGGACAAAAUGUGCGUCAUGCCAGCAGGGUAUCCCUCCAACACAGGUGGUGAGGAAAGCACAGGACUUUGUGUAUCACCUGCACUGCUUUGCCUGCAUUAUGUGCAGCAGACAGCUUGCAACUGGGGAUGAGUUUUACCUCAUGGAGGAUGGAAGGCUGGUGUGCAAGGUGGAUUAUGAAACCGCCAAGCAAAACGAUGACUCAGAGGGUGGGACCAAACGACCAAGGACCACCAUCACCGCCAAACAGCUGGAGACCCUCAAAAGUGCCUACAAAAACUCGCCAAAGCCUGCCCGCCAUGUCAGAGAGCAGCUGUCGUCUGAGACAGGCCUGGACAUGAGAGUAGUGCAGGUUUGGUUCCAGAACCGGAGAGCCAAGGAAAAACGUCUAAAGAAAGAUGCAGGUCGCCACCGUUGGACUCAGUUCUAUAAAAGUGUCAAACGCAGCAGAGGAGGAACCAAAGUGGAGAAGGAGAGCUCAGCUGAUGAUGGAGGGCUUAGUGACAGCGAACUGAGCUUCAGAGACGACCAAGUCCUGUCUGAUCUGAGCCAUGCAAACGGCCUUUACGGGAGUGUCAGUGACAUGACCAGCAGCGCAGUUCUGAAUGGUGGCUUCUCAGUUGAUGCGGCUGGACAGCCCUACCAAGACAUCAGACCAGGGAGCCCGUACGGUCUCCCGCAGUCACCUUCCUCUAUCGCCUCCCUGCCCGGCCACACACCUCUCCUUAACAACCUGACCUUUAACAUGGACAGUCUUGUGGUGCAUGGGGGGCCAGGGGGAGUGGGACAGGCUCUGAGGGCCAUGGCGGGGGGCCCCACCUCAGACCUAUCCACAGGCAGCAGUACGGGUUAUCCUGACUUCCCCACAAGCCCGGCCUCCUGGCUCGACGAGAUGGACCAUUCUCAGUUUUGAGCCUCCAGCUCAGUAGAAAACCUGUUGUGGGGAUUCAUCAAAAGGACACAACAAAUUUAUUUAUUUUGUUUUUAAACUUUUCUCUACUUCACCCUCUAAGAUUGCUAUAUGUUGUGUUUCUUGGUGGGGAGAAGAAGAGUGACUGGAGUCGUAACAGUGAGAUAUCAGCCAGACUGGAUUUAAACCAUGAAAAACACCCGAAUGUUCAAUCUCAACAAUGAAUCAUUACAUUUUUUUUAUUAUUAUUGCCUGUUUUUAUUUUGUUCAAUCGUUACAAGGGAGACAGAGCUCCUAAAACAUUAGUGGAUUGUGCUAAACCAAACAGAUUAAGGCUGUCAUCUGUAUCAGACCCAGAGGGCAGCUGCAUGCUUCUGAAUCACCAUGAGUUGAACCGCUGUCCGGCCAUAUCAAAGCCUUCACAUUGGCAUUGCACUUUACUCUCCUCUUCUUUUUCUAUGUGUAAGGACAGGAGUGCAGAGGAGAGAGACAUAUGCACAAGGCAAACACAGUGUUUCACUCUGAGAGAAACUUGCAAAAACAGUGGCACAAACAUGAAUCUAGAAACAUGCUCAUGUUUUUUUUAUUGUAUUACUGACAAAGUAUUUCGAGAAAUGGAUUGAUCUGCUGAUCUGGGCAUUCACCCAUCUGUUAAAGAAGAAGCUGUUUAUAUGAUGAGGUUUGUGACACAACAGGUCUCUGGUCAUUUUUACUGGAUUGUAGUCUGAUUUAAAUGCUUAAGAGAAAAAAAAAUCUGUCAGUAUUAAAACCUUUUUCACACGAGGAAUCUUAACUUUCAGUAUAGGUCACACAUUCCAGCUAUUUUUUUUUUUUUUUAUUGAGCUGUAAAAUUUUAAAACAUGUAGAUUCCAUAACAGCUAAACCCAAAUUGUACACAACAUCGAUAGGUUUUAACAAGAAUAAAGAAAACCCCUUUUAAGGCUGGAUCUUGUCAGUAUGAUCCAGCCUUCUCUUGAUAAUCUUCUCAGUCAGCAGCAGCCCCAGCUUUGCUGCUAUCAACCUACUUCCCCCGACUCCAGAUGUGUUUUCGGUCUGUUGUCCGGCUGCCCGGCCCUUUGUAGCAGAGGGAUUAACACAGUCUACCACAUUCAUAGCUGAUAAUUCAGCGUCUGCAGAGAUCAGUCACCAUCAGCUCAAGCUUCAAAAACGAUUUGCUCCAAAUAGAAUUUCUCAUAAUAAAUCCCUUGUGAGCGUCAUUUAACUUGUAAAACAGUUUAAUACUUGUGCAAAAGUUUUCUUUCAAAUGCACCCUGCCAUAUCUCAUCUCUUUUCCUGUUUCUUAUUAAAGAGAAACCAGUUGAUGUGAGCACCUUUUUGGAAAAGGACCAUGUAUUGCUUUUUAAGAGACCAACAGAUUACAGCCCACAAAAUACGGUUUAUUUACCUCCAAAAUCACUGUAUAUUUUCAUUAAUAUGUAGGUAACAUGGACAAGAGAGGGUGAAACGUCUUUAAAGGGAACAUUUAUUUCUUAAUGUGCUUAUUUAUGCAUAAUCUGUUAUGACUAUUUAUGAAAUAAAUGUUAUAGGUAAUUAACUUUUUAAAAAUAUUAUUUUCAAACAUGGGUAAGAAAAAAACAUGCCAUGUGUUCAUUUAUUUUAAUAAUACCUGGUAAUAGUAAUUUGUCUAUACCAGGUAAAUAAAAAACAUAUUCCCUCCUAUUAGAGAAGUGUCACAGCCUUAUUUCAUGCACAAGCCAAUGGAUAAGCAGUAAAUGCUUUGCUGCUCACAACUGAAUUAUAAUGAUGAAGUAACCUGUUGGCUGCAAUCUGGAAUCUUACAGGAAAACAAUGCGGAAACCCAUCACUUUGGCUUUUUGUUCACUCUGUUUUGCCUCGGAAGUUUGCAUCUUAUUGUUGUAAAUUUUGUACAGUUUGAAAACGUGUAGAUUGUCUGGUUUCAUGAGCGCUAUUUAUUAUUCUUGCCAUGUGUCUUUGAAAAAGAUGUGAAAGAGAGCACUGAAUUUAUUCAUUUAUGCCUUCUGUGUAAUGGUAUGAGCUGUGUACAGUUAAAUCUAUAUGAGGAAAAUAAAGCUGAAUUGUCUUUGGUUACCCCUGA